AUGUCGGGAUACUCCAACGUUGGCACAUCUGGCGUUUAUGAAGCUGGUGAUCAGCGGAAUGUCAAGAGAUCCGAGAUGGAAAACGCUGAGCGAUACAACGAAGGGCAGCCGGGAUCACAUAUCGGAAAUGAUUCAAAAGACGAACGCUCCAUCGCUAACAGGCUGGCCGCGGAAGAGCGAAAGUCAGAGCCCAGCGAUGACAGAGAAACAGCUUUAUUGAAAGAAGACCCGACACUUCCUGCUAAAAUGCACGGCAAUGAACCAUCGAGAGGAGCCAAGGUCGACGCUCAGAUAGCGGCGGAUGAGGAAGAGUACCUGAGACGGAAAGGCAAGGCGUAA